AUGGCCUGCAUCGUCCUGCUGACCUUCGCGGAAAACGUUCCUACGUUUCGCCAGGCGUACUCCUGUAUUGAGUUGUUUGCUGGAACAGCUUGGGUUACGAAGUGUUUUCGCAUUGGGGGGCACCCAGCAGCGGCACUGGACAUUGCUAUGGGGGACCCCGGAUCUGGACCUACGAAUGCUUUCGACCUGACAACAGCCCCUGGCAUGGCGCUUGCACUCGCCACAAUUCUCAAUGGCAAGCCAGAGAAAUUCUUCACAAUGUGUGCAACUGUGUGCAGUUCAUUCGUGCCUGUCAACAGCGGCACUCAUAUGAGAAGCUUCGCCACUCCGAUGGGCAACACUGAAGCCCCGUCUGUGCAGCAAGGAAACUUGCUGGCCAGCCGGUCCCUCGCUAGACAUGAUGCGAAUAUAGGCAUGUGUGUUUAG